UUAUCGCAUUUGCUUUGUGUGCUGCGUAAUUACGCGAGGCCGGUUAGAACGUGAUUUUCUUCUUUUCGGUUCUAGUAUUUCUGUUAACCUGAUUGAGGAAGUUGACUGACGGCCAAGCUAAAGGUGUGCUCUGCUGCCGCGUGCGGAUAAGAAACCUAUAGCAUUCAGUCAGAAUACUUCAGAAACCGGAACGUUAACAGCUGCAAAACAAAAGUGGCUACUAGAUUCAGUGAGGAGUUGGUCAGGCUCUGCAUGCACUGAGCGAGAGUUCCAAAAUCAUGGAUAACAAACUCCUCAGAAACAUUCCGCAGCUGAGCAACGAGAUGCAGCUGAGCAUCAUGAACAAGGUGAAGAGUGGAGAGCUGACCAUCGAGGAUGCCCUGAAACAGGCCCGGAGAGAGACGGGCGGGCGGCGGAGAGCGGAGGAGGAGAACUCCCAGUAUAAUUUCAGCGUCUACAAGUACAACCGGUACAGAUGGCAGAAGCGCAUCCUGCAGAUUGACUUUAACACGAAGGUGAUGUGCAGCAUUGAGAAAGGAAUAAUCAAACGGCAGCUCCCGUUCGCCUCUGUGAAGAGCUGUGAUGAUGCGGUGGGGACCAGAUUCUCCGUGUCCUUCUGGGGAAGACACGACUACGAGCUGGAGGCCGCCUCUGUGGAGGACAAACAGAAGAUUAUGGAGCUGGUUCAUAAAAUAAUAUACGGAAACAUCUACGAGGUGCCGGUGCACACCAGCGCAGAGGUGUCCAAGCCGGCUCCGGUCACCGAGAGCAUUCGGGAAGGCCAGUUAUAUCUACAGAGAGGGGGGCUGGCCUCAUUCAGAUGGGUGAAGUAUAUGGCUCAGCUCCACCAGGCAGAGAUGACCUUGGUCCCCUGUGGCCAGCGGGAGACUGGUGACAUUGAUGGCCUCGCCCCCUUUGGCUUGCCCUCGCCCUCGCCUGUGAUCAUCCAUUUCUCUGACGGCAGCGCCAGUGUGGAGACGCCGCGGAGCUGUGACACCUUCACAAUGCUCACCGAGAAGAACGAGUACCUGUUCCGGGUGCCGGUGACGGAUCAGGUGAAGAGCACCGACGCCGUGAAGAAGGAGAGGGACGAGUGGGUGCGGGCGAUCGACAGGCUGUGUCUGGAGUGGAAGCGCAGGUCACAGGCAGACAGCCUGAGCGUUUAUGAGGUCAUCCAGCAGCCGGCGGGGCGGGGGAGCAGUGGAGAGGGGGUCCUGGGGAGGAGGCGCACGGAGGAUGAGGGGAGGGGACGACGGGGGGAGGGGGUGGGCAGAGGACACGGUGCCGGGGGGUUGCCAUGA